AUGGUGGUCCGUGAUGAAGAGGAGCAUGGGACCAUGGGUGCAGGGGAGCAUGGGACCAUGGGUGCAGGGGAGCAUGGGACCAUGGGUGCAGGGGAGCAUGGGACCAUGGGUGCAGGGGAGCAUGGGACCAUGGGUGCAGGUCUGCAUGGGACCAUGGGUGCAGGGGAGCAUGGGACCAUGGGUGCAGGGGAGCAUGGGACCAUGGGUGCAGGGGAGCAUGGGACCAUGGGUGCAGGUCUGCAUGGGACCAUGGGUGCAGGGGAGCAUGGGACCAUGGGUGCAGGGGAGCAUGGGACCAUGGGUGCAGGUCUGCAUGGGACCAUGGGUGCAGGGGAGCAUGGGACCAUGGGUGCAGGGGAGCAUGGGACCAUGGGUGCAGGGGAGCAUGGGACCAUGGGUGCAGUGUGGGAAGGGGAGUGGGAGCAUGGUGGAAACGGGAGUGAAACAGUGGGGGAGGGGGAGUGGGAGCGUGGGGGGAAGGCGGAGUGGAAGCAUGGGAGAAUGGGAGUGUAA